UUACAUUGGAAAUGAUUUAAUCCGUAAGUGUAACGCUUUAACGUGAUAGGAUCAGGUGAAAUCAGUUCUGCUCGGCCCGCGCUGUUGCUAAGCAAAGGCUCACUAGAGAGCACAGCGAUACUAUUCAAAUAAAUGCGAAAAAGCACACGAAUGCUUUGCUUGUUGCGGUUAGAUGUAGAGAACCGAAGAAAGAAGUGGAGCGUGUAUGCUAACUGAGCUAUGUUAGCCUGCUAUCAUGUGCGCCUGUGUAUUGGGGAGCUCUGAAUGCUGUAAUCCAAGAAUCAUCUCUGCACUUUAAGAGGUUACGUCCUCCAAUAGAAUACUGUAGGAUUUACAGUGCCACUUCAGAAACUACUGCUAACUAAUUUCUAAAGUAAACAUUGUCCUUUGUCACCAGGCAAUUAUUAAAGAGAACGUGGGAACACUUUCCUCCCCGGACCAGGGAGACACACAGGUCACACUUGCUCAUAGGAAAGUCAUGGGAAAGAAGAACCAGAACCGUGAAGAUGAUGAGGCUGCUUCCUCAGAUGAGGAAGAGUAUGUAGUGGAGAAGGUCUUAGACAGGCGAGUUGUGAAGGGCCGUGUGGAAUAUUUCCUGAAGUGGAAAGGCUUUUCAGACAAACACAACACAUGGGAACCAGAGAAGAACCUGGACUGUCCAGAGCUUAUCGGCGAGUUCAUGAAGACCUAUAAAAAAGGAAGCAGCGGAAGCACACCCAGCAGCAAGCCCUCCAGCACAGGCUCUUCUUCGGCCCGUCCCAAAGACAGUAGCAGCAGCACCAGCAAGAGGAAAAACUCAGAGGAAGAGAACGGGAGUGGCAGCAAACCCAAAAAGAAAAAGGAGGAUGAGAUCCUUGUAGCAAGAGGUUUUGAGCGAGGCCUGGAGCCAGAGAAGAUUAUUGGAGCAACAGACUCCUGUGGAGACCUUAUGUUCCUUAUGAAGUGGAAGGACUCUGAUGAGGCCGACCUUGUGCUUGCAAAGGAAGCCAAUCACAAGUGCCCACAGAUCGUCAUUGCCUUCUACGAGGAGCGUCUGACCUGGCACGAAGACGGCGACAAGAAGGAAAAGAGCGCCACAGCGGUUUAAAGGGCAGAGGGGGGAGGAAAGACGCUGAGUCCUCCAAACCUUGUGCCCUUUGUCACACCGGUGACACUCUCAUAGCCAACUUUUAACGGACCAUUUAGUAAAAAGAAAAAACGGCCAGCGAGUAAUGGAGGUUACUGCCCACCAUGACAACCUCCGUCCACCCUUCAUGAAAAAGCAUCUCUCACCAGACAAACCGAAAGGCCGUGGCGAGCGGCGGCUGCAGCAGAGCGGUGGAAUGUGAUCUCUCUUCUCUUACUCUCUCUGAUCUUCCUUCUAUUUUGUCAUAAUUUGUGUAUUUGUGCCCCUACAACUAUGUUCUUAUAAUGUGUUGUGUGCUAGUUUAGAUGUGAAACAAUGGAAACCCGUACAUGUCAAACUUUUAACUUUCAUUCACACAGUCGAUUUGGUAGUGUUGCUGGAAAUUACUGAAAAUAUCAGUUGCGUGUGCGUUGAACAUCUUAAGACGCUGGAUAAAGACGUGACGGCGUUGGUUUUAUUUCACAAGCUGAUGUCACCCUGUCUACUGAUUUCUUUGUUUUUGUUUUUUCAAUCAGGUAGAACUUUAAUAAUGACCCAUGUGGGCCAAAAUCCUAUGAUCUUAGAUUUUUGGGUUUCUGAUUGUCAGUGAAGCCACAUAAAGAAACUACACCUUAUAAUCGCCUUCCCCAUGUUGAAUUUAGAACAUUGACAUCCCCCACUACUGUCUCUAAUGUAAAACUCUCCUACUUUAAGAAUUGGCCCAUUUUUACCACUCUUACCUUUGAACUUAUUACUGUUGCUUGCAGGAGGGCAGACAAUUGUCAUCAUGUGAGUGUGUAAUGGGACAUUUUUAUUUGUUUCUACACUCUUUUUCCAUGAUGCACCAUAGGGUUAACUGAUGUGCUCCCUCUUGUGGCUGAUUUGGUGAACACAUUCCCUCAUUGACCUCAUGAACUCAUUCACGUGGUAGUUUAAUCAUAUGUCGGGUUCUUAUUACUUUUUUAACCUAGUGUUGACUCAAUAAAAUGGUGUUUAUCAAGGUUACAUGCCUAUGCUAGAGUUUUGUGCUCUGUAGUGCUUUUUGUGUGCUUUGCAAAGCCACUGAACAAAAGCUACUCCUUCGAGAUCAUUUACAACAGGAAAAGAGCUUGUUUUAUUUUAAAUGUACGGGCGCAGUCCACUGACAGCAGUACAAUAGUGAGAAAGGUUUAGCUUGAGAUGUUUGUAAUGUGGGAGAAAGUUUUUAAACGGGGUUGAACAUUGUGUUGUUACAUUUCUUUAUUUUUGGUAUGCUUUUUGUUAUAUUACAAAAGGACCAUCCCUUCCAUGAUCAUUUAUACAAAUGACUAGCAGUUGUUUUUAAAAUGUGCAACAAUAGUUGUCUUUUGCUAUGUCAAGUGCAUAGCUUUUUUUAAUGUCCUGUACCAUACUGUAGUAAAUCUAGUUUUCAACACUAACAGUUGAACGUUUCUGGAAACCCUAAACCUUGGUUUUCUGACUCAAGUCAAACAAAAUAAAUUUCAUUGUAGUGCUGAGAUUAUGAAGUUUCACUCUAUGCACUGUUUGUGAAAAAGCGCAAUUUAAAAGCAUUUAUUUUAACACAUCAGACACGCACCUUCUCAUUCAGUGCGGUGUUAAGUUUAACCUGAAAAGCAGUGCUGAUGUGUACCAGCAGAUGUCAUAGUGGAGCAAGUCUUGCCUAUUUGUUUCUACUUGCCAAAAAAUGUACACCAUAAGUUGCAUAGGGAUUCUGAAUACAGUAAAAAAUAAGAUUCCUGGGUAUAUUUGUACUUUUCAUUGUGCUUAUAAAUGCAUUAUUUUCACUGAUAUUUCAGAGCUCAUAUAUCAAUUUAUUUCUCUAUUUUGACCUAGUCUUGAUGCAGUUUAAUGCAACUUCCUUUGCAGAACAUUUGUAUGAAUGCCAUACUUUGUUUCCAUAGUCCACUCAUUCUCAAUUUCACAGAUAUUCAAUAUCGCAGUCAUAUCUUACGGAUGACAACAAUAGCCUAGCCCUGCAGAUUUGCUUUAGCCUCUUUAUACAGACUUCCAGUUCACUCUUUUCCAUUUGUAUCGUGUUUCUGAGAUGUUUGGCCUAUUGUGAAUGUGGCUUGCAGCUCCUUCAUUCCCUCAGCUCUGCGCAGUCCAAAGUCUUAAGAGAAGUGGCGUCUGAGCCGUAACCCCUCCCUGUAAUACCGUUUUCUCGACUACCUCAGUGGCAGUGGAAUUUUCCAAAGGGGAAAAGGGGGAAGCGGUUCAGCUCUGAAAUGGAAUGCAGAGGUCACUAGUAAAUUUUCAGCCCCGGGGAGCAGAAGUCUUAGCAGAUAGCUGAGAGGCUGCAUUUAUGCUUUAUGGAACGCUGGAGAGCUGUCACACUCGCUCUGCUCCACCAGGACUCGAGGAAUGUAAGAUCAGGAGAGAUGGAGAAGAGAGUAUGUGAAGUCACAUUUGAAAACAGGAGCGAAAUGACUGUUGAAAUGAAUCGGGAUUAGUGUGUUAAAUGAAUAGUUUGACCAAAACUUUCCUAAGUUAAAGAUUCUUUAUUGGCAUCAGUGGUUCCAUGAAGAACCUUUAACAUUCUUAUAAAAAGUGGGAUUUCGCAGUGAUGCCAUAGAAGAACAAUUUUUGGUUCUCCAAAGAACCUUUCAGUGAUCAGUUCUUAAAAGAACCAUUAUUUUCUUAGUGUGAAGAAAAUUGUAUUAUUCUAAAGAAGCUUUUUGCUCUCUAGAACCUUUUGUCCAGUGGAAGGAUUCCAUAGAUGUUGAAGGUUCUUCAUGGAACCAAUAAAAAAAAACAUGAUUUUUAAGAGCAUGGAACCUUUCCACUGCACAGAAGUUUCUUUUAAACUGGAGAAAUGUUCUUAAGAUUAUUAAAAUGUCCUCCACACUAGGAAAACAGAUUCUUUUCUGGCAAUGAUGGUUCCAUGAAUAACGUUUAAUGUCCACAGAACCUUCCACAAAAAGGUUCUUUAGAUUAUUAAAAUGUUCUUUACACACACACACACAAAAUGGUUCUUUUAAACGGUUACGGCAUUGCUGCAGAAAAACAAACAAAAAAACUUUUAGAACCUUUAUUUUUAAGAGUGUAUGACUUACUUUCUGUAUUUAUCUCUUCAAAAUAACUUUUCGUUUCACCAAAGAAAGUCAUACAGGUUUGGAAUGGCGUAUGGGUGAGUAAAUGAUCACAGAAUUUGAACUUUUGGACAAACUAUUCCUUUAAAGUCAUAUUCCCCGUGGUAAAACCCACAAUGUUGAACUAUGAGCAGAACGUUGGGGUUUGCCUUUCCUGAACGACGCUUUUAACCAAUAAGCAAAGAGUGCACGCUUUGAAUAUGUUUGCUGAGGCAAAAAAGUCAGCGAGCGGCGAAUAUAGUCUGUGUGCAUGAUUUCUGGGAUGCAUGUGGUCCGAUGGGUUUUUGCUGCGCAUAAGCUCUAAUAGAUGGCUGUCAAGGGGACCACUGAACAGCUGUGGUCGAGGGCUGGAGUUUGGGAGGGGAAGACUGCAGCAGUGUGUUCGAUCCACACUGCAGCACCGUCCAAACCGCCGGAACGCACACACAAAGUGCACUCGAGCGCCGUCGCUUCCUUCGGAUCAGCGAUCAGUGUCCUGUAGGCCUCAUAAGCACGAUAUGAGACGCUUUCCGAAUCCCUUUCCGAACCUAAACAGCCUAAACGCACACGCAAGCGCGAUUACACCACGAAUCUGCUCAAUUUUAGUGUGCGAUUAUGUGCGCCGUCAUUAAGAACGCAAGGUCAUGUCGUUAGCUGUGACCUUUGGAGACGCUUAUCGUCCCUCCAUUGGGCUGUUGUUCGAAUCGUGAUGCGUAAUGCCGCAGCGAUGCUCUUUGCGUUUAAUGCGCAGCAAAGCAUCCAGAAACAAAGCCCAGCCUCUCCCAGAAGCCCCCACCGUGAAGCGAGCAGUCUGGCGUUACGUCCAGUCCUCCUCCACCCCCAUCUCUUCCCCUAGCCGGGGGAGUGAGAGAAUUAUGGCCGCCAUAAAAGGCAGAUAAUGCAUUGUUAACUAAUUCUGUCUGCUCAGAGCUGAUGUAUCCACUGCUCUAAAUCUCCAUGCCUCCAAUAAAAUGCAAAUGCUAAUGCUCGCCCUCCACGAGCUGAUAUCAUUUUUAACAGGCCGGAGGUAAAAGCUGAGAUAGGGUGGGGCAGGGGCCGACAGACAGUGCGAGCUUUGCUAUCCAGAGAUGCUCGGCAGGAGGAAGAAGAUACAGCGUGGCGAGAAAGCCUAUUAGAGCUGCGUUUAAUAGCAAAGCUCUCUAUGAACGGCCCAUUCUGGUGCUGGAGCUUUUGGAGGCAGGGAGCUGAAUGAGCGCAGAGUAAAUGUCAGUGUGGAUUGCUCUAUGAACUGAUUCAUGGGCUUUUUUAAAUUAGCUUUGAGCAAAUCAUUACAUUACUUUGUAUGUAUUAUUUACAGCGCGCUGCACGACGAGUUUCGCUGUUGAAAUAUUACAUCCCUUAAGGACAUUCUAAUUAUAAAAAUCUGGGCAUCUAAAUCAUAAAUAUUAAUUUUAAUACUUUCAUUAAGAUUUGUGGUACAUUUGGGUAUGAUCGCUUGU